AUGGCGCUCAUCGACAGAGUGCCCGGGGACUUGAACCUGUACAUCGGUGGCAUGUUUACACUGCGACGGCGCGAAGCCCUCCAGCAAGCCAAUAUUACGCACGUCUUGUCGGUAUUGCGCACACCACUAGAUCAAGACUUGUUCGGCCCUUUCAAGCACAUGGUUGUGGAGGUCGACGAUGUCGAAGACGAAAAUCUAUUGGAGCAUUUCCCUGCCACAAAUCACUUCAUACAUGAGGGGCUUAAGGGAGGUGGCGGAGUCUUGGUGCAUUGCCACUCGUAUCAAUAUGCCAACCACAAACUCUUCUCUAGUGCUAUGGGAAAAUCACGAUCAGCUACUGUCGUCAUCGCUUAUUUGAUGCAAGAGCACAACAUCAGCCCGUCGGAAGCUUUGUCGCACGUACGGCAAGCGCGAUCCAUCUGCGAACCAAACGAGGGCUUCAUGAAACAAUUGGAGCUAUAUGGAGAGAUGCAGACACCAGAGAACGUCGAAGAUAUCCCGGCCUAUCAGCGAUGGGUCUACCAACGGGAGAUCGAGCUGAGCCGCGCGUGUGGCCAAGCACCAGAGGCGGACAAGAUUCGCUUCGAAGACGAACAUGUCACCGACGAAACUUCCGGUUUCGAAUUGAGAUGUCGUAAAUGCAGGUGA